AUGGCCCCCACCCAUGAAAUGGUAGCCAACUGCGGCUACCAGACCCCGGAUGAGCACAGCAACCGCCCCUCGUACUUUGCUACUCCGAACGAAUCUCCUUUGGCAUCAUUGCCCUUACCUAGGUCUCCUUUGAGACGCCCCCCCUUUGUUCCUCAUUCCUCCUAUGGACCGGCCUUAGAAACGGAGGAUGGCAUGGCGAUGCCACGGGCCGAGCGACAGCCAGAGUCGAAUGAGUCUAGUCCAAACAACGCAAAAGCUACGUUAGAGAAGCAUUCUGGCUUGGACAAAGUAGGAAUUCGAGAUCGGAUCGCCUGUCAUACCUGGACUUGGUUCACCAUGGUAAUACACCCGCUCAUCCAAACAAUAUUGGUGCUAACGAUUGAUAGACAAUGGUAG